AUGAUUUUGUUAACAUUUUUCUUUUGGAUGAUUAUGUGUGUUCAUUUAAUAAUUUAUUUUGAUAUACAAAUUUCAUCAAAUGGAACAAAUCGUAAUUGUAUGAAUUCCCCCGGAUCAUAUUCAAUAUUUCUUAGUUUUUAUUCUUUAUUAAUCAAUGGCCUUUCUAUGCCAUUAUUAAUGACAAUAUUUGGUUUAUUAACACUACGAAAUACUCAACAACAUCGUAAUCAAAUUCAUAAUACUAUGACUCUUAUUUUACGAAGAAGAAAAAAACAAGAAUGGUUAAUACUUCGAAUGCUUCUUAUACAAAUAAUAGUUAAUGUUAUUUUAUCAUUACCAGUAACUAUUUAUUUAUUUUAUGCUGGUUUAACACAAUAUUAUAAAAAAUCAAUGUUUAGAAUUUUCAUGGAAAAUUAUGUUUAUAAUAUGUUUACUCUUUUGCAAUAUAUAAAUGCAGCUGCAUCAUUCUACGUUUACUCUUUGACUUCUCGUACAUUUCGAAAGGAAUUAUAUUGUCUUAUUGUUUAUUAUUCAUCAAAAUUAAAACAAUAUAUGAUAGAUCGUCCAGCAGCAUUAGUUACUCGAUUAAGUCAUACUAUUGCCUCUUAA